CCCCUUCCGGUGUCGUCCGGUUACUGCGGCGGAUGUUGAUGUUUUGUCUUGGAGAGCUGGACGAUGUGAACUGUAUCGUCUCCGGGACGAGUUGAUCUUUUUUUUGUGUGGUUGUGUCUUCACGGUUUAUAUUUGUUACUCUUCUCGGUAAAGUUUCUCUGUUGUCCGUCGGCGUCGUGUCUGUCCCGGUGUCUGUCCCGGGAGACGCGAGGCCGAGUCGUGCGAUGAUGGAGGACUUUGAUGAGAUCUACGAAGAGGAGGAGGAGGAAGAGGAGGACGAGGACAGGGCCGCGGAGGAGCAGCUCCUCAAGUACGCUCCGGACCCGGUGGUGGUGCGAGGCUCCGGACACGUCACUGUGUUUGGGCUUAGUAACAAAUUUGAGUCAGAAUUCCCUUCAGCACUUACAGGAAAGGUGGCACCAGAGGAAUUCAAAGCCAGUAUCAACCGUGUAAACAGCUGCCUGAGGAAGACUCUGCCGGUGAAUGUGCGGUGGCUCCUGUGUGGCUGCCUCUGCUGCUGUUGCACAUUGGGCUUCAGUUUGUGGCCUGUCAUUUGCCUCAGCAAGAGGACAAGAAGAUCUAUAGAGAAACUUCUGGAGUGGGAGAACACCAGACUGUACCACAAGUUGUGUUUGCAUUGGAGACUAAGCAAAAGGAAGUGUGAAACCAACAACAUGAUGGAAUAUGUAAUCCUAAUAGAGUUCUUACCUAAGAUCCCCAUCUUCAGACCGGACUAGCCCGACUGCGGCUGAUCUUAAACCUCCACUGCAGCCCAGCUCCGUCACAGAACCACAAUGGCUGUCAAGCUCCUGAAUAAAUACCCCAAAUGUUUUUGUUUACAGGGUAGCAUUGAUCCUCCCUCUUUUCUCCCUUAAACCCCACACAUACCUUCACCCUUGUUUACAAAUCCAGCAUCCCAACACUCGUUUUUGGAGUGAAUUCAUCAUUGAACCACGACCUAUCGGGGCGAGCUGGCACACUUAUAACCGGCACUAGCCUGUGGGAUGCCAGCGGAGAACCAGCCAUGGGCAGCGUUAUGGAUUUUGGAACUAGAGCUGGAGACUAGACUCUCAAAUCGAGUCCUCUGAGCGACGACUGGAAUUUUGUCACUUGUAUGUUCCCUAACCUAAGCACAUGGCAUAGUCAGACCAUGAUGAAACCAACACUUUAACAUUUUACCCACUGUCCCACCGCCAACUUCACCUGCAAAAAAAUACACCCCAGUGCUUUUGUAACAGUUGGUUUGGUGCUCUAGAUCAUUACUAGAGGCUGCGGAGGCAACAUAACACAGAACUCCAAAGGAACCUUUAUCCAAAUCAACUCUGUAGCGGACAGACUAGUCGUACAGGAGCAUGCUGGGCGAGUGGCCACAACAGCUGAACUUAACAAUGUCACUCUUCUUAUCAACUUACCAGACAUCCUCUCGCCUCCUUUCAUAUCGCUGCACACUUCACUGUGCAUCACCCCUUAACCCAGUGACAAUCACGCACUCUGACUGUACUCUCUGUAGUAUGAAUGGGUCUUUAUGCUACACAGUUUAUCUGGAACAGUUUGUCUUCAUCAUUAUGUGUGUCCAGGUGAUGGGCUGGCUGCCUAGCAACUGCUUCUGAGUCGCAGUGGAACAAGUAAGCUGAAAAGAAAGCUACUAGCGAUGAAGAAGAGACACCUGUGUUCUUUUUCUUUUAAAUAUCUCAAGUAUUGUUUACUGUUUCGGUGAAAGAGAGGGAGUCAGUGCUUGCAAAUCGUUUCACUGUAUUUGUUAUGUGUGUGUGUCUUUCUGAGAGAAACCUAAGCAAAAAAGAGACAAAUCAGACAUGAAGAGAUACUCUUUACUCUGUAAAGCAGGGUUCUUUCUUUGACGCAUUUCUUUGCCAUAACCGAUCUUUGUUACUUUUGUUGUAUUAAUUUAUAAAAGUGCACAUAUAAUCUGUGCAUUUGUGAAAUGGGCCUCAGUUGUUUUUUUUUUUUUUUGCAAAGGUAUGCCAUGGUUGUUUCCUUUUUGUCUUUAUGGUCAUGUGUCAACACUAAAGCACACAAUCGGUCCUUAACACUUUCACAUGGCCUCUCUUCCUUAUCUGCAGACCUUGGCUUACUUAUAUGAGUGUUCAAGUUAAGGAUGCGGCUCUUCUGAGAAAGUUCCUCUGUUUUAGAUUUAAUCUGACUGAUACAUUCAGAGGUCUGGGGUUAACAAUAGUCUUGGGUUCUCUUUAUUAGGUUUUUACCAGGGUUCUGUAUCACGAAGCAGGAUUACUGAAGUUAGCUUGAUAACUGCACUGAGUAAAACCAGACUACUCCCAAAUCAGGAAUUUGGACGUAAAGCUGCAACACUAAGCAGUGUUUUUACCAAUAGAGCAAUAAUGGAGCUAAAAUGAGAGUGAAUCUUGGACUUCAUCAGGUAGCCGGAAACACGACUCCAAAUGAAUGCUAAUGUUGCUCUACUGGAUGUGUAAGUAGGCAACUUUUUGCUAACAAGUUGUUCAUUAGUUCAGUUAUCUAGCUAUCUAACAAUCCUGCUUCAUUAUAAAAGGCCUAAGACUAUUCUGUGGACAUGUUAUAGAUCACAUCAUAAAGCACAUCUCGGUUUAAUGAAACAUACAUACCAUUUGCCAGCAAAAAGGAGAUGGUUUAGAUUCAGCUUUUCCCACUCAGCACACCUCAUGAUUUAUGAAAACAUCCAGAGAAUGAGAUUGAACAAAGCCACUUUGUUUCGGGUCACACAGCUCCAGUGAUUGUAUGAGUCACACUCAGGGGAUUAUACUUACAACAACAAAAUGUAGUAUUAGAAAAUCUCACUGUCAUGUGUGUUCCAACGUUAACAGGGGCUCAAGUAUAUUAUACAGAUAAUACAUGACUUGAAUAAUUGUAAAUUGAUACAUUUGGAGUUUGUUUUGAAAUGGAAAAAUGCCCCUUAAGAAAAAGACAACUUCCUGUUUAAAUAGUAAAGGAAGCGCAUAUUCCACAGAGCCACAAACAUUGUGUUGGUUUAUAUGGUAAAAGACCCAAAUUCACUUGAUUACCACUGGGUUGCCUCUUGAUUCAUCAGUCACUUUUCUAUAUUUUUGAUUGUGGUCUGUUCUAUGUAAAUCAAGGCAUAAGGCCAUAUGCAGAUAUUUGUGUUGUGUGUGUGUGUGUGUGUGUGUGUGUGUGUGCGCGUGUAUGUGCACGGUGUAUGCAGAUGCAAAUGUUCUUCGUAGAUCUCAGACUGUGAUUGAACCCUGCACAGAAAAUGAGUCCCUUUUUUAUAUAAUCUUGAGUGGUCUGUGUGUGUGUGUGUGUUUGUGUGUACGAGGGAGAGAAAGAUAUAUGUACAUAUGACUCAUGAGCAGAUGUACAGUAAUAAACUACCAAUAAACAAGGCUAUGGGCAUCCUC